CUCGCGGGGCCCCCGCCGGGGGGUGGGCCAGAGCGGGGCGGUGAGCUGCUGGUGGCGGCUGCAGUUCCUCAGGCUUAGAAUGGAAAGAGUGAAUACAUGAGAUUGUCUGGCCAUGGCAAGGAGAAGAUGCCUGCCUGCUCCAAGGGUGCCAGUGCUGGGAGCAAGAUCAAUGGAUCUCUUCUAUUCCAGGAGACAUGGAGGUCUUUUUGUGGUUGGAGCUACCUGAACUAGAUAAAAGCGUAGAUCAGUCUGCUGUGAAAGUACCUCCCAUGAAGAAGACUGCUUGAUGGCGUAGUUUGUUCUGAAUGUAUCACCUGAUUAGAUAAGCCUUUUCAUGAAAUUUAAAAAACAGAAUUGGUAUUUUUAUGGUGUCCGUGUUUGGCUUGGAUUUUUUUAUCCCCUUCUUUGUCAAUUCAGGAGUAGAUUGAAGAAAACAUGGCCAAUCAACGGGAUUACAUUAGCAGACCUAUUUGCAAUGGAAUUUCUGUUCCUGAAAGUAAAAUCAAUUCCUUAGUGGCUGAAGGUCAUGGACAACAAAUUCUAAAAGUACUACAAAAGUUCAGAGAACAAAAUACAUUUUUUGACUUUAAAAUUAUUGUGAAAGAUGAAAUAAUUCCUUGUCAUCGUUGUGUACUGGCAGCAUGCAGUGAUUUUUUCAGAGCCAUGUUUGAAGUUAAUAUGAAAGAACGAGAUGAUGGCAAUGUUACUAUUAGUAAUCUAUCACCCAAGGCAGUGAGAGCUUUUCUUGAUUAUGCUUACACAGGAAAAACAGAGAUAACAAAUGAUAAUGUGGAAAUGCUCUUCCAGCUGUCAUCAUUUCUUCAAGUUUCACUCCUUUCCAAAGCUUGCAGUGACUUUCUAAUAAAAAGUAUUGAUCUUGUGAAUUGUUUACAGUUGCUUUCGCUAUCAGAAAGUUACGGCUCCGACCGCUUAUUUGAUCAUGCACUAGAUUUUGUGCAGCACCACUUUUCCUUGCUACUCAGAUCAAGUGACUUCUUGGAGAUUAAUUUUGAGAUACUGCAAAAAUGUCUUGAAGCUGAUGAACUAGAUGUCCCUGAGGAAGAAUCAGUGUUGAAAGCUGUCCUUCAAUGGACCAAACACAAUUUAGAAACACGACAGAAGUAUCUGCCUAAUUUGAUCCAAAAAGUGAGACUACACCAGUUACCUGAAAAGACUUUGCAAGACUUUCUGCAUUCUGAAGAAUAUUUACUGAAAAGUGCUAAUUGUUCAGUAAUAAUCAAUGAUGCAGUUAAAAGUGUGCAAAACUUUAGUGGACUGUUUCCAGAUGCACGUCCUUCAACAACAGAAAAAUACAUAUUUGUUCAUAAAACUGAUGAAGAUGGAGAAAACAGGCAUACAUUUUGCUACAACAUCAAAACAGAUAAAUGGAAAGAACUACCAAAUACACACAUGAUUGAUCUUCCAGGGUCAAGUUUAUCUAGCUAUGGCGAAAAAAUAUUUAUAACUGGAGGAUGCAAAGGGAAUUGCUAUAGGACUGUCAGGCUUCAUAUUGCUGAACCGUUUCAUGAUGCCACAGACCAAACCUGGUGCUACUGCCCAGUCAGCAACGAAUUCUCAAUCGUGUCAGCUAUGACAAAGCCAAGGACAAUGCACACCUCUGUUGUAACCUUAAAUCAGUUGUUUGUAAUAGGUGGAAAGACCAGAGGAGCUCAAGAAACCCGAAGUCUUUUGGAUGUAGAAUGUUACAAUCCUCUUUCCAAAGACUGGAAAUCUGUAAGCCAAUUACCAAGAGGUAUCUACUAUCCCGAAGCAAGUGCAUGUCAGAAUAUAAUUUAUGUCCUUGGCUCAGAAGUAGAGAUUACUGAUGCCUUUAAUCCAUCUCUUGACUGUUUCUUUAAGUAUAAUGCUAUGACUGAUCAGUGGUCGGAGCUUGUAGCAGAAUUUGGGCAGUUUUUCCAUGCAACUCUAAUCAAAGCUGUUCCAGUGAACUGCACGCUGUAUAUAUGUGAUCUCUCCACCUACAAGGUCUACAGCUUUUGCCCAGAAACCUGUGUAUGGAAAGGGGAAGGAUCUUUCGAAUGCGCUGGCUUUAAUGCAGGUGCAGUUGGGACAGAAGACAAAAUUUAUAUAUUAGGUGGCGAUUAUGCUCCAGAAGAAAUCACAGAUGAAGUUCAAGUCUACCACAGUAGUAGGUCUGAGUGGGAAGAAGUUUCCCCAAUGCCAAGAGCCUUAACUGAGUUUUACUGUCAGGUCAUUCAGUUUAAUAAAUAUAGGGACCCCUGGUCUUCUGUAAUGACAAUUUGCUCCGGAGAAUUUUAAAACUCCUGAGUCAGAUGAAUCUAUUGAAAUGCACAAGUUUUAGAACAGAUUUUUACGUAUUACUUUGCAGAAAAAUACAUACUAUUUUUGUUUUAAGUUAUUCAGUUUAAAUUGUCAGCUAUAGAGUUGUUUUUGAAAGGGUCCAUAAAACUGUCAUUCAUGCUAUUCACUAUAUAAAGUAUUACUUAGUUUUAUGUACAAGUCUUCUCAGUAGUUAUCUGAAUAAUUUUCAAAACACUACAUUUCAAGAAAGAAGUUAUGAAGAAUUCAUCUUGUAAUGUGCCAUUAUUUCUGUAAUAAUCAUAGUUGACCCAGGAGACAAAUUGCCGAGUGAGAAAAGUGCUUGCGAUACUGUUUUCCCUAUGUAACUGAAGUUUAAAAGUAAUCUACAUUCAUGUGCUGUUUUUUUUUUUUUUUUUUUUUUGUCAAUUUUAUCUUAAUAGAACGACCUUAGCAAAGGCAAAAGCCAAAGUGACCUUCACAGCAUUAAAACCAGGUAUCUAACAUGAAGAGACUGAUAAUUUCUAUCAUCUCACAUCAGCUCUUCCGUUUGACCACUUUUUCUCCAUCCUUGUGCCUUAGUAGUAGCUGUACUUUCUGUUGUCAUCCCAUAGCUGUGGCAAGAAAAACCUUGGUACCAUUUUGCAGGAUGAGAAAGAUUUCUACAGGGUGGACGAUUCCUGUGGGAACUUUUCUGUACAGAAGGUCACCUCAGUCGCUGAAAGAAGAAACGCUUUGAACAGAAGUCUUCCAUCUCUGAAUUCUGCAGCGCUAUCUGAUAAGCAGCAAGCUGUACAAUAAGCUUUAGUUGUUGCUUCAGUUAACUAUGGGAAAAGUUUGUAUCUUGUAACUCCCAAUACUUAAAGUAAAUAGUAUUUUGAAGUUAAAUAACCCUCCCCCCCCCCCUUUUUUUAAAAUUUACUUCUAUAUCAGUUUAAAUGAAUGACACUUUCAUCUUGCACUUCAUAGUAAUUUUAAGUGUUAAAAUAUUACAUGGUAAACACUACAUAAUAUAUUGCUUGAGAAAAUUCCUACAGUAAUCUAUCACCAUGUUAAAAUUGUAAUGGACUUUUCAGUAUUACUAUUAGUCUAGGCAUAAAUAGAGAAAUGAAUUUGAUCUCAUGCAUACAAACUGAGACCUGUGUCUGACGGAAGGACACUGGCAUUAGCUAGGUUUCAUAAACUCGUUUGUAAUCUUCCAUAGCCUGAGAAUUUUCUUUCUUUCCAGAUAUUUAAAUAAGGUUUUGGGAGCCCUUAUGUAUUUAAGCCAUAAAGUUGUGUUAUGCCAGGCAGAAUGGUUCUAAACAUCUAAGCACGUCUUUUCCAAGUAGCUGAAAAAUGAACAAAAUUUAGUGAGGUAGCUAAAACAUCUUUCACAUGGCUUGAGGCAAGUAGGGUAAUUUCAUUAUCACAUCUCUACUGCACGUACUGUUUGCAAAAGUCAAGCUCAACAUUCGUGCUUAAAGCUUGGUAUCACCUAGCAAUGUAUUUCUCUUUCAGACAGCAAACAAUGGCAAGCUCCAAUUCUGUGAUUUUAUUACUUGUUAUCAGAUAUCUUUCAAAAAUUACGUAAUAUUUAUCAUAAAUAUUUUCAUAAGGAUGUAAAUGAAAAUUAUGCACAUUCGGAUAACCUAUUACUAGUGGAACCUUCCCCCUCAGUAAUUUCUAUUAAGGUAUGUGUCAGUUCUGUAGAAUUCAAUAGUUUGUUGUAGUAGUAUUUCAGGUAACUUCCACAUUUAUUUUGCUCUUUUCAUCAUGAGUCUCCAGCUCAUGUUAUAACUACACGUAGACAGGUACCUUUUAGAAUUACCAUAUGGAAAUGCAAGUAUUUUUAUACUGGAACACAACUACUUUUCAUUAAUGCAAACCAAAUGUACUGAAUAGUUAAGAGAGAUGGAGAAAACUAUUCCUGCUUACCAAAACAUCAAGAGACAAAUAAAUAGACAUACAGGAGAACAGUAGUUUUAGCUUUAAUAAGGCUACUCAAGGUAGCAAAGAGACUUCAUUAACCUUUAAUUAUUGCAACUUGUCACUUUCCAUCAGAAAUACUAAUUCUUUGCUUGUGCUUUCAUGCUGUUUUUAUACCCAAGUAAUAAGUAUGCAAUUUAUGCAAUGACAAAAGUGACAUAUUAUGCCCAUAACACAUGGGUAUAAACAGCUAUGCAAGUUGGAAGAGACUAGAGAAGUGCGGAUUAUUUUCAGUUGCCACUGUCCUGACCAAAUUGUUGGGCUGCAUAAACAGCACUAAGUUAGUCACAAAUUCAGGUGAUGCUCUUUCCUCCAGGUUUUUCCUUCCAGCACAUUUUAUCUGGUGGUCCUCCAUCCAGCUACUUGCUAUACACACACACCUCUAUCACAUGACAUCAGACAGAGCAAUGGCGUAUGUGGUAAACUGUACAACGUAUAUAUAUAUAUAUAUAUAUAGUGAAAACAAUGCAGCUUUAUUUGGAAAAACACAUGCUUCUUUAAUAUUCUGCGCGACAUUUGCACAGGAACUAAUGUCAGUUCCCAGUCCGACAAAUCGUUCAUGGAUUUCAAAUGGAGUUUAGCUGUCUUAAUUGGUGAUCAAGAAAUAAAGUGGUGUCCGUUAUUUUACACUAUUGCUUGUAAAAAAAACUAACUGUUAAAUAGAAAGAAAUUUCUUCCAUUAUGUAGGUAAGCCCAUGAAGGAAUAAAAAGGCUAUUUGUUGUAGUGUCACAUACAAGGGUUAUAUCUGAUAGUGGAAUUGAGUGCAGAAGCUGCUGCGCUAGAAAGUCAUGGUUAGAAACAAGGCUUUAUGAUAUGACUAAUGGCCUAUAUUCCACAUGCUGUGAUUAAUACCCAGUGAUAGAUGAAAUCUCAGUGAAGUCAACUACACUACUCAAAAGAAUAUGGAUUAUUUGCUCGAGGUACUUCUGUAAGCCUGGAUCAAAUAUAUAUUUUUAGUUGACUUUACACAGCAGCUGUGGAAUUUAAAAAGAUCCCAAAAUUCAUGCAUUUUUUUCUGUAUAUUUUCUGACUUUUGAAAGCUCACAGAACUUUAUGAAAAUGUAUAUUCCUCUAAAAACAGUCCAUGACUAGAUUAAUGAUUACCUAUGUUCUCACUAAAAUAUAGUAAAAUGUUUAAAACAUUCAAAUUGCAUGUAAAAGUAUAUGCUACUAUUUGCACUUAAAUGAUGUAACCAAAACAUUUCUAAUAGUUGUCUAUUAUAUGUCACAGAACACAUUAUAAGCAUGACCAGUAUAAUACACAUUAAGAUAAUAUAUUGUAUGUGGGAUUUCAAUACCCAGUAAUGAUUAUAUUGGAAUAAUCUUAAUUUUUAAAGAAUGCUAUCAAACCAUUAUGGCACUUUGGUAAUGUUAUCAUAUUGGUUGAGUUAUAAUAAAUAUCAAUUAUUCAGGUGUU